UACCUCUGGGUCCCCCAACAGCUGCCAGAGCCGGAGCCACCCAGAAGCCGCGGGACCGGGGGCCGCUGGGGUCCGGACGGGGGUCGCCAUGGUAACGAGGGCGCGCCUUUGCUGGGGAUGGGCGACGGGUGGGCCCACGUGCAGCCAUCACUGAUGAUAAUUGCAGCUGACACCUGGCUUGCCUGUUAGUGCCAGCCACUGACUAAAUUUAUAAACUUAUUUAACCUUCAAAACACCCUGACAAGAUCCGCUUCAUCCUCAUCCAGAACCGAGCAGGCAAGACGCGCCUGGCCAAGUGGUACAUGCAGUUUGAUGAUGACGAGAAACAGAAGCUGAUCGAGGAGGUGCACGCCGUGGUCACUGUCCGAGACGCCAAACACACCAACUUUGUGGAGUUCCGGAACUUCAAGAUCAUUUACCGACGCUAUGCCGGCCUCUACUUCUGCAUCUGCGUGGACGUCAACGACAACAACCUGGCGUACCUGGAGGCCAUCCACAACUUUGUGGAGGUCUUAAAUGAAUAUUUCCACAACGUCUGUGAACUGGACCUGGUAUUCAACUUCUACAAGGUUUACACGGUCGUGGAUGAGAUGUUCCUGGCCGGCGAGAUCCGUGAGACCAGCCAGACGAAGGUGCUCAAGCAGUUGCUGAUGUUGCAGUCCCUGGAGUGAGGGCGGCCGUCCGCUCCCGCCCCGGUCCCUCCCCGGACUAGCCUGCUCGUGUCCCUUUUCCGGGCCCGGGGUCCACCCCAGCGGCCCCCUCCCUCAGCUGCCCAGGAGGAAGGCACCCAGCUGGGUCUGGGCCACCAGGGAGGCGGCCACACCCCACGGCCUCGGGGCCCCAGCUGUGGGCGGAGGCCACCUCGCGUGUAACCGUGCUGUCCUCGUGUGAUGCCGUGAGCGUGUGCGUGGAGCCCCCAAUAAACCUGUGGUCCCCGCCUG